AGUAAUCCCACGUACUCUCAUUGAGCAUGCGCAAAGUGAGGUGCGUCGGAAAGGCGAGUGAACGUCAGCAGUUGGUAACGCAUCGACAAAAUCACAUCUUCUCAUCACUUCUCCGGUGUCUCCGGUGAUGAACUAAACAAAACGAGGCCUAUUCCAUGCUUCCAAGGCACCGGAGCAAAAUUACCGAGAUAAACACCUGAGCGCUCCCCGCGGCCUCACACUCUGAUGUGGUCUCGGCACUGGAUGCCCACCCACACUGGCUUAUGGACAGUGGGAGUUGGCUUGACAUGUCCGUGAGAAGAUCGAGAGCAGGAUGUCCAAAUGUGAGCUGAUAGAGCUGAAGGACCUCAGUGUGAAUGAUCCUAUUGAGCUGGCGGCCCGUGGGCCUCGCAACGCUCCAAGUCAGCUCGGCCACUUCCACGUUGUCCGACUGGUUGGGGACACAGUCAGCAUCGAGGCCCCGCCCGCAGAGGCCGGCAGCGGUCACGACUUCCAUCCCUACGGUCAUACUCACCUCACCUGGUGUGACCUGUGUGGAGAAUUCAUCUGGGGUCUUCAUAAGCAGGCUUUACGCUGCACCAAUUGCAGCUACACUUGUCACCACAGAUGUCGACCGCUCAUCCAGCUGGACUGCAGCAGCACAGACCGUCUGCCAGCAGAGCAGGUGGAUUUCUCCGUGGACUCCGUCGAGACGGACACCAAUGUGGAUGAGCAGACUGACUGGCGCAGGCGGGAGUUAAGCGUUGGUGAAGUCCAUCAGAAGGUCAAGGAGUACAACGCUCAGAUUAACAGCAACCUCUACAUGCUGGUGAAUAAAGACGGCUCCUACACCGGUUUCAUCAAAGUCCACUUUCAGCUCGUUCGUCCCAUCACCCUGCCGCCUCCUCAGAGUCCCACCCUGGACGAGCACGAGCACGGCCGACUGCUGCAACGACGGACGUCUUUCUACCUCCCCAAAGACGCUGCGAAGCACCUGCACAUAAGCUCCCACACGCGAGUGCGAGAAGUCAUCGAGGCCUUGCUCAACAAGUUCACGGUGGUGGACAACCCUGCCAAGUUUUCCCUAUUUGAGCGCUCCGACAGACACAAUCAAGUGUACAUGCGGAAACUGGGCGACGAUGAGCGCCCCCUGCAGCUGCGCUUGUGUGCGGGACCAAGUGAAAAAGUCCUGAGCCUGGUCCUCAAGGAGAACGAGACCGGGGAUGUUAAUUGGGAUGCAUUCAGCUUUCCUGAGCUGUGCAACUUCCUGCGAAUCCUGCAGCGUGAGGAAGAGGAGCAUGUACGGCAGAUAGUGAGGCGCUACGCUCACGCUAGAGACAUGAUGAAGAGGGCCGUGGCGAGGAUUUCCGCUCCUGCGUGACUUUGGGGCAAGUCGACAAGAAAUGAGGAAUUCCAGAGUCAAAGGGAAAGACUUGUUCUAAUAAAGUUUACUAAAACAAAGGCAGGGAUAUUGGUUUUACACUAUAUUUAAUGUGAAUGCGUGUUUUUAUGACAGCAGAAACUGGAUAGAGAGCCAUGCUGCUUUGUUUAGAUUAUUUAUAGUGAGUCAGUAGUCGGUUUGAAUAUAUGAAGUGAGAAAAUUUCAACAUUUUAGGCACUUUAGUGAAGCUGCAGAAAUGGGUGUCAUGACUUGUGUUUAUAAUGUAAUUAUCUAAUAAACUUUUGGAGGUUUCAUGAUUAUGUGAUUUUGGGUAGAGAAUGCCAAUAGCCUGUAUUAAAGCAGGGGUGUCCAAACUUUUUCCAGCGAGGGCCACAUACUGAAAAAUGAAAGGAUGCAAGGGACACUUUGAUAUUUUGUAAACAAACACAUAGAGAUAUGCUAAAAAGCUAUAUGUACAUCAAGAAAAAACUGCUUUUCACUUUUGUAAUCGAGGUGAAAUGCUACUAAAAAUGACGUAUUUUCCAUAAUACGAGUUUAUCCUUUAUCCUAAAAUUGCGACUUUUGUUCUUCAUUCGAUUUUGACUUUUUUCCUUAAUAUUUUUUUACUUUACUCCCAUAAACUUACAGCUGUUUUUUCCAUUUCUGCUGUUGUUUUUUUUAAAUUUUCCAACUAUUUCAUUUCAGCUUUCCUCUUGUAAAUUUUCUUCUCGCAAUCUUUUAAAACAAUAAUCAACGUUGUUACUAAAAUGAUAUUUUCCCACAUCUUUCAAGUUUAUAAAAGCGUUAUUGUGUUAUUAAAAGUAGAAGUUAAGUGUG